UAUAAAUUAUUACAUGUUGGAAAAGUAGUGUUUACAUCUUUCCUUAUUAAUCAACGUUAUAAUAAUUUUACAGUGGUUAUUAGCGAGUAUAGCAUGUGCUCUGGCUUGGCUCCUCCUUUUGACAGCUGAAUCCCAAAUCCAGUAUUAUUUAAACAAAGUACACUAAGUAGGGAGCAAACGGCAUUAUUUUACAGCCCUCGUGUAGGGAACGCGGGGUUGUUUGAGACUGCUGUGUUGAGCUCUGCUGCGCAUGCGCGGUGCUGGUACUGCAGCCAGGGGGCGUGAACAUGGUGUCCUGAGCGCCGUGAGGAGAUGAGACGGGAGCAGAGGAGCGAGCCGGAGCGUCCAGCCCACACAGCGCACACGGCACACGGCACACGGGAGACUGUCUGACCGCAUCGCUCCACCGACCAGCGCGCAGGGACCGGCCGCCGUCCAGCGCGGCACCCAUCUGGACCGGGUAGACGUUAGAAAGCGUGUAUGCUUCGCUUAGGGAUUAAACGGCCGUACGUGCGGGAUUUUCGGCAGCUAAUCUGAUUUGGAUGCGGUUGCGGAGCUCGGCGGCGGGGACGAGAAGCAGGUGAGAGCCGACGCGGCCGCUCCUUGUUUUCAGGAUCUGGGCUGGACAUGGCGAGCGAGAAGCCGCUCUCGGAGCGAGAUGCGGCGGCCGGCGGGGACGCGAUGGUGUCCGGCUCGGGCUCGGGUUCGGGCUCGGUGGUGCUGGCCGCCGGCGUGAUCAAUUCCGCGGUUCCGAUCCGCAACAUCCGCAUGAAGUUCGCCGUUCUCAUCGGCCUCAUCCAGGUCGGAGAGGUCAGCAAUCGGGACAUCGUGGAGACGGUGCUCAAUCUGCUGGUGGGUGGCGAGUUCGACCUGGAGAUGAACUUCAUCAUCCAGGAUGCGGAGAGCAUCACGUGCAUGGUGGAGCUGCUGGAGAACUGUGACGUGACGUGUCAGGCCGAGAUCUGGAGCAUGUUCACCGCCAUCCUGCGCAAGAGCGUCCGCAACCUGCAGACCAGCACCGAGGUGGGACUAAUCCAGCAGGUCCUGCAGAAGAUGAGCGCCGUCGACGACAUGAUCGCAGACCUGCUGGUGGACAUGCUGGGAGUUCUGGCGAGUUACUGCAUCACAGUGAAGGAGCUGAAGCUGCUGUUCAGCAUGCUGAGGGGAGACGCCGGCGUCUGGCCGAGACACGCCAUCAAGCUCCUGUCUGUCCUGAACCAGAUGCCCCAGAGACACGGCCCCGACACCUUAUUUAACUUCCCAGGGCGCAGUGCAGCGGCCAUUGCUCUGCCUCCGAUUGCUAAGUGGCCUUACCAGAACGGUUUCACUCUGAACACGUGGUUCCGCAUGGACCCGCUCAACAACAUCAACGUGGACAAAGACAAACCCUACCUGUACUGUUUCCGGACGAGUAAGGGAAUCGGCUACUCGGCUCAUUUUGUAGGAAACUGCUUGAUUGUGACGUCUCUGAAGUCCAAGGGUAAAGGAUUCCAGCACUGUGUGAAGUACGACUUCCAGCCCAGGAAGUGGUACAUGAUCAGCAUCGUGCACAUCUACAACCGCUGGAGGAACAGCGAAAUCCGCUGCUACGUCAACGGCCAGCUGGUGUCCUACGGCGACAUGGCCUGGCACGUCAACACCAACGACAGCUACGAUAAAUGUUUCCUGGGCUCGUCGGAGACGGCCGACGCCAACCGGGUGUUCUGCGGUCAGCUCGGCGCCGUCUACGUGUUCAGCGAGGCGCUCAACCCGGCGCAGAUCUUCGCCAUCCAUCAGCUGGGACCCGGGUACAAGAGCACGUUCAAGUUCAAGUCGGAGAGCGACAUCCACCUGGCCGAGCACCACAAGCAGGUUUUGUACGACGGGAAGCUGGCCAGCAGCAUCGCCUUCACCUACAACGCCAAGGCCACGGACGCCCAGCUGUGCCUCGAGUCCUCGCCCCGGGAGAACGCCUCCAUCUUCGUCCACUCGCCCCACGCGCUCAUGCUGCAGGACGUGAAGGCCAUCGUCACACACUCCAUCCACAGUGCCAUUCACUCGAUCGGUGGCAUCCAGGUUCUGUUCCCGCUCUUCUCACAGCUGGACUACCGGCAGCCCAACGACAGUCCUGUGGAGACCACCGUCUGUGCCACCCUCCUGGCGUUCCUGGUGGAGCUGCUGAAGAGCUCAGUAGCCAUGCAGGAGCAGAUGCUGGGAGGAAAAGGCUUCCUGGUCAUCGGAUACCUGCUGGAGAAGUCCUCGCGUGUACACAUCACCCGGGCCGUUCUGGAGCAGUUCCUCUCCUUCGCCAAGUACCUGGACGGACUCACUCACGGAGCUCCGCUACUGAAGCAGCUGUGUGACCAUGUCCUGUUCAACGCCGCCAUCUGGAUUCACACACCAGCAAAGGUUCAGCUUUCUCUGUACACGUACCUCUCAGCAGAAUUCAUUGGCACCGCCACCAUCUACUCCACCAUCCGGCGGGUGGGCACAGUCCUGCAGCUCAUGCACACACUCAAGUACUACUACUGGGCUACAAACCCGCUGGAGAGCAGCGGCAUCACUCCUAAAGGGCUCGACGGUCCUCGUCCCACGCAGAAGGAGAUCAUCUCACUACGCGCCUUCAUGCUCCUCUUCCUCAAACAGCUGAUCCUGAAGGACCGAGGUGUGAAGGAGGACGAGCUGCAGAGCAUCCUGAACUACCUGCUGACCAUGCACGAGGACGAGAACAUCCACGACGUCCUGCAGCUCCUGGUGGCCCUCAUGUCCGAGCACCCGGCGUCCAUGAUCCCGGCCUUCGAUCAGAGAAACGGGAUACGGGUCAUCUACAAGCUCCUGGCCUCAAAGAGUGAGAGCAUUCGCGUCCAAGCGCUCAAGGUCCUCGGAUACUUUCUCAAGCACCUCGGACACAAGAGGAAAGUGGAGAUCAUGCACACACACAGUCUCUUCACGCUGCUGGGAGAGAGACUGAUGAUGCACACCAACACUGUGACGGUCACCACCUAUAACACACUCUACGAGAUUCUCACCGAGCAGGUCUGCACCCAGGUGGUUCAUAAACCUCAUCCAGAACCCGACUCCACCGUCAAGAUCCAGAACCCCAUGAUCCUGAAGGUGGUGGCCACGCUGCUGAAGAACUCCACGCCCAGCGCCGAGCUGAUGGAGGUGCGCCGCCUCUUCCUGUCCGACAUGAUCAAGCUCUUCAGCAACAGCAGAGAGAACAGGAGGUGUCUGCUGCAGUGCUCCGUGUGGCAGGACUGGAUGUUCUCUCUGGGUUACAUUAACCCCAAGAACCCGGAGGAGCAGAAGAUCACCGAGAUGGUCUACAACAUCUUCCGAAUCCUGCUGUAUCACGCCAUCAAGUACGAGUGGGGCGGCUGGCGCGUCUGGGUGGACACUCUCAGUAUCGCCCACUCCAAGGUGACGUACGAGGCGCAUAAGGAGUACCUGGCCAAGAUGUACGAGGAGUACCAGCGGCAGGAGGAGGAGAACAUCAAGAAGGGUAAGAAGGGUUCGGUGAGCACCAUCUCCGGCCUGUCGGCUCAGCCGGCGUCCGUCAACGGCACUCUGGAGGCGCGCGAGGCGGACGACACGUCUCAGACCCACACCCCCGAGAGCGAGGCCGAGUACGGCGAGAGCGGCGAGGCGCAGAACCUGCUGACCGAUGCCAAGGAGCACGUCCACGUCCACGAGCUGCUGGUGGACAUCAAAGCCGAGAAGGUGGAGGCCACCGAGGUGAAGCUGGACGACCUGGACCUGUCUCCGGAGGCGCUGGGCGGAGGGGCGGGCGGGAUGGAGAACGGCCCGCUGGUGGAGGUGGACUCGCUCCUGGACGCCGCGUACUGCGUCCACAAGCUCAACGGGGGCCUGGCGCCCAAGGUGGAGCCGGACGUCGGCGUGAGGACAGGCGCGGGCGAAGACGACGCCAACCUGGGGCCUCUGAUCACGCUGGACGACGAGAAGGACGUCACACCCACGCCCAGCAACAACGGCUUCCUCUUUCCGAAAAGUGACGAAAAGCUGCUGCCCUCCCUGGCCACGCCCGAGCCCCUGACGAUACCCGGCACGGAGCAAGUUUCCGUCCCUGUACCUGGAUCCAGCGCCAGCGAUGACCUCAGCCUGCUGGCACACAUGACGUCCUGCGGCGCCGACCUGGCACCCGAGGACGGCGGCUUUAAGCUUCAGAGCUCGCUGGCUGACAUUAGCACGCUGGCAGAGGGCGGCGAGAGCGGCGCGGGGGAGGUGGGCGUGCCGAAAAGCGGAGACGGCAUCAGCACCGUGUCGGACACGGAGAGGUCGGACGACGGCAAGGACAAAGAGGCGAAGAAGAUCCAGACGACGGCGACCACGCAGGCUCUGCACGGGCGUUCGGGCGCUCAGAUGGAGCGGGAUCUGCGUGUGGACCUCGGUUUCAGGGGGAUGCCCAUGACGGAGGAGCAGCGCCGCCAGUUCAGUCCCGGUCCCCGAACCACCAUGUUCCGCAUCCCGGAGUUCAAGUGGUCACCCAUGCACCAGCGCCUACUGACCGACCUGCUGUUCGCCCUGGAGACGGACGUCCACGUGUGGCGGAGCCACUCGACUAAGUCGGUCAUGGACUUCGUGAACAGUAACGAGAACAUCAUAUUCGUGCACAACACCAUCCAUCUCAUCUCUCAGAUGGUCGAUAACAUCAUCAUCGCCUGUGGCGGGAUCCUGCCCCUGCUGUCCGCCGCCACCUCGCCCUCUACGGAGCUGGAGAACGUAGAAGCAACCCAGGGCAUGUCGUCGGAGACGGCGGUGACGUUCCUCAGCAGACUCAUGGCGAUGGUGGACGUGUUGGUGUUCGCCAGCUCUCUGAACUUCAGUGAAAUCGAGGCUGAGAAGAACAUGUCGUCCGGGGGGCUGAUGCGCCAGUGCCUGCGCCUAGUGUGCUGCGUGGCUGUCAGGAACUGUCUGGAGUGUCGGCAGAGGCAGCGGGAUCGAGGCAGCAAGCCCUCGCUGCCUGUCAGCAAGACCCAGGAGAACCUCCAGAGCGCCGCCGCUGCCGCCGGCAAGAGCGCCAUAGCCAACGUCCCUCGCAACCUCUCGCCCAUUAAGGACCCGGACAGAUUGCUGCAGGACGUGGACAUCAACCGCCUGCGUGCCGUCGUCUUCAGAGACGUGGACGACAGUAAGCAGGCUCAGUUCCUGGCUCUGGCUGUUGUUUACUUCAUCUCCGUCCUCAUGGUGUCCAAGUACCGGGACAUUCUGGAGCCUCAGCGGGAGAUCGGACGGUCCAGCAGCCUGUCGGGGAGGAGCAUACGACAGGAAAUUAACUCUCCAACCAGCACAGAAAACCCCUCCUCGUUCUCAGACAUCGGACGAGCCACCGACCGCCCGCUGGACGAUUUACCCCUGGAGUCCUCGCUGCCUCACACCGACUCGGGCAUCGGAGACGAGCCGGUGAGCGCCGCCCUAAACGGCUCCGACCUGGGCAUCAUGUCGCCGAGCGUGGGCGGAGCUCCGGACGCCAUGAGCGAGCUUCUCUGUACGCUCUCGGCCGAGGUGCGCAAGUCCCACGAGUCUCUGCUGGAGUCUCCGCCCGGCGCCGACGCGCUCAAGCCGGCGGCCUCCAUCUCUAGCAUCAGCCAGGCCAACAAGGGCAUCAACGUCAAGGAGAUUCUCAAGAGCCUGGUGGCGGCACCGGUCGAGGGCACCGAGGUGGGUCCUGAACCUCAGCCGUACCACCCGGACCCGGCGCUGAAGAGGGAGACGGCCGCCAUGCUGCCCAUGCAGUUCCACUCGUUCGACAGGAGUGUGGUGGUGCCGGUCAAGAAGCCUCCGCCGGGUAGUCUGGCGGUGAACACGGUCGGCACGCCCACCAGCAGCGCCAUACCCUCCUCUGGCAGCACGCCAAACAUCUUCGCCGCCGCCAGCACCACGCCGAAGAGCAUGAUCAACACCACGGGUGCUACAGACUCCGCGUCCUCGUCCUCCGCCUCCUCCUCCAGCUUUGUGAACGGUGCCACCAGCAAAAACCUGCCCGCCGUGCAGACGGUGGCGGCCAUGCCCGAAGACACCGUGGAGAACAUGAGUGCCUUUUGUGAAGUGGACCCGUAUAAUAACCCGCUGCGCGGCGGGCUGACGCCUGCAGAGCUCAAAUCCUUUAGCUCGCUGGCAGGAUUCCACACGGGCCCGAGAGAUGAGGGCCAGUUUCUUAGCAUCACCACUAAGCUGGAGCGGGCGCUGGAGAAGGUCGCCCCCCUGCUGAGGGAGAUCUUUGUGGAUUUUGCACCGUUCCUGUCCAGGACCCUGCUGGGUAGCCAUGGGCAGGAGUUGCUGAUUGAAGGUACAGGUCUGGUGUGUAUGAAGUCCAGCACUUCAGUGGUGGAGCUGGUGAUGCUACUGUGCUCACAGGAAUGGCAGAACUCCAUUCAGAAGAACGCGGGACUCGCCUUCAUCGAGCUCAUUAAUGAGGGCAGACUCCUGUGCCACGCCAUGAAGGAUCACAUCGUACGAGUGGCCAACGAGGCCGAGUUCAUCCUAAACAGACAGAGAGCCGAGGACGUCCAUAAGCACGCAGAGUUCGAGUCCAACUGUGCCCAGUAUGCGGCGGAUCGGCGAGAGGAGGAGAAGAUGUGUGAUCACCUGAUCAGUGCCGCCAAGCACAGAGAUCAUGUGACCGCCAACCAGCUAAAACAGAAGAUCCUGAACAUCCUGACCAAUAAACAUGGGGCGUGGGGAACCAUGGCACAGAGCCAGCUGAUCGAUUUCUGGCGUCUGGACUACUGGGAGGACGACCUCCGCAGGAGGCGCAGAUUUGUGCGUAACGCUUUCGGCUCCACCCACCCCGACGUGUUACUGAAAUCUCUGGAGGAUUACGCUCCAGAGGGCGAGGAGGGGGUGAAGUCUAAGAAGACGUUUCGGAGUCAGUCAGUGGUCAGUCAGAACCCUGAGAUGGAGCUGAUGCUGGAGGGGGACGACGACACGGUCAGUCUACUCCAGGAGAAGGAGAUCGACAACCUCGCAGGCCCGGUGGUCCUGAGCACGCCCGCCCAGCUGGUAGCUCCCGUGAUCAUCGCCAGAGGGACUCUCUCCAUCACCACCACUGAAAUUUACUUCGAGGUGGACGAAGACGACCCCGCCUUCAAGAAGACCGAUCCGAAGGUGUUGGCGUAUUCGGAGGGGCUGCACGGGAAGUGGAUGUUCAGCGAGAUCAGGGCGGUGUUCUCCAGACGUUACCUGCUGCAGAACACCGGCCUCGAGGUCUUCAUGGCUAACAGAACCUCGGUCAUGUUUAACUUCCCGGACCAGGCAACAGUCAAAAAGGUGGUGUACAGUUUACCCCGAGUGGGCGUCGGCACCAGCUACGGCCUCCCUCAAGCAAGGAGAAUCUCUCUGGCGACCCCUCGGCAGCUCUUCAAGUCCUCCAACAUGACCCAGCGCUGGCAGAGACGAGAAAUUUCUAAUUUCGAGUACCUCAUGUUCCUCAACACCAUCGCAGGGAGGACGUAUAACGACCUGAACCAGUACCCCGUGUUCCCCUGGGUCCUUACCAACUACGAGUCUGAGGAGCUGGACCUCACCCUGCCUGGCAACUUCAGGGACCUUUCAAAGCCGAUUGGAGCUCUGAAUCCGAAGCGCGCCGCGUUUUACGCCGAGCAUUACGAGACGUGGGAGGAAGACGGAACGCCGCCGCAUCACUACACGUCCCUGUACUCCACCAACGCCUCCACGCUGCUCUGGCUGCACAGAAUAGAGCCCUUUACUACGUUUUACCUGAAUGGAAACGACAAUAAGUUCGAUCACCCCGACCGAACCUUCUCCGGUAUCAUGCGCUCCUGGAGGAGCUGCCAGAGGGACACGUCUGACGUCAAGGAGCUGAUCCCUGAGUUCUACUACCUCCCCGAGAUGUUCAUGAACAGUAAUGCUUAUGAUCUGGGUGUGAGGGACGACCGGACGCCCAUCUGCGAUGUGGACCUGCCAGUCUGGGCCAAAAAACCAGAGGACUUUGUUCGCAUCAACAGGAUGGCGUUAGAAAGCGAGUUCGUCUCGUGCCAGCUGCACCAGUGGAUCGACCUGAUCUUCGGCUACAAGCAGAGAGGACCCGAGGCGGUCAGGGCGCUCAACGUGUUCCACUACAUGUCCUACGAGGGAUCCGUCAAUCUGGAUACCAUCACAGACCAGCAGCUCAGAGAGUCGUUGGAGGUUCAGAUCCAGACGUUCGGCCAGGUUCCCUCACAGCUGCUGAUUGAGCCUCAUCCUCCUCGCAGUUCUGCCAUGCAUCUGUGUUUCCUCCCUCAGAGUCCGCUCAUGUUCAAGGAUCAGAUGCAGCAGGACGUGAUCAUGGUGCUGAAGUUUCCCUCCAACUCGCCGGUGACGCACGUGGCUGCCAACACGCUGCCCCACCUGAGCAUGCCGGCCGCCGUCACCGUCACCUGCAGCCGCCUGUUCGCCGUCAACCGCUGGCAUAACACCGUCGGUCUGAGAGGAGCUCCAGGAUACUCACUGGAACAGGCUCAUCACCUCCCUAUUGAGAUGGAUCCUCUGAUAGCUAAUAACUCUGGAGUAAAUAAAAGGCAGAUCACUGAUUUGGUGGACCAGAGCAUUCAGAUCAACACACACUGUUUUGUGGUCACCGCGGACAAUCGUUACAUCCUGGUGUGUGGUUUCUGGGACAAGAGUUUCCGGGUCUAUUCCACAGAAACAGGUAAACUGACCCAGAUCGUGUUCGGUCACUGGGACGUGGUGACGUGUUUGGCCCGUUCUGAGUCCUACAUCGGUGGAGACUGUUACAUCGUCUCGGGUUCGAGGGACGCGACGCUGCUGCUCUGGUACUGGAGCGGCCGACACCACAUCAUCGGGGACAAUCCCAACAACAGUGAUUACCCAGCACCCCGGGCUGUUCUGACCGGUCAUGACCAUGAGGUGGUGUCUGUGUCUGUCUGUGCUGAGCUUGGGCUGGUCAUCAGCGGAGCCAAAGAGGGUCCGUGUUUGGUCCACACCAUCACAGGGGACCUGCUGCGGGCCCUGGAGGGACCGGACAGCUGUCAGCAGCCGCGUCUCAUCUCGGUCUCCAGUGAAGGCCACUGCAUCAUCUACUAUGAGAGGGGUCACUUCUGCAACUUCAGCAUCAACGGCAAACUGCUGGCUCAGAUGGAGCUCAUCGACUCCACACGGGCUAUCCUGCUGAGCAGCGACGGACAGAAUCUGGUGACCGGAGGAGAUAACGGAGUGGUGGAGGUGUGGCAGGCCUGUGACUUCAAGCAGCUCUACAUCUACCCGGGCUGCGACGCUGGCAUCAGAGCCAUGGACCUGUCACAUGACCAGAGAACUUUGAUCACUGGCAUGGCAUCGGGCAGCAUCGUGGCAUUCAACAUUGAUUUUAACCGCUGGCACUACGAGCAUCAGAACAGAUACUGAGGUCGGACUCGCACGGACAGCGUGAGAGCAGAGAAGUCCGAGUCUGCGGACCGCUGGCCUUCACUCCACUUCAGCCGGAGGAAUCCCUCCUGACUCAUUCUGCCCCGCGGCUUUAACUGAGCCGCCGCAGUGCUGAUGUUCUGGAUCAGAACCGACCAGAACGUUAUCAGAUCCUGCAAAGUGACGAUGACAAACACACGACAUCUCUGUCCUAAGCUCCUAAGCUAGAACCACUAGGGUUGUUUUCGCGUCCCACAUAUGACAAUAGGUCACCGACGGUCCCUGUUCGCGGGCUGGCGGCAUAACACAAUCACGGCCCACAUGCACUACCGGACUGAAGAGACGCUUCUUCAAGUCCAGAAUAAAAAAUAGAACGCAUUUGAUAUAAUUUUAGUUUGUGGUUGGAGAGUCUGGGUCAGGGUUAACACACGCUGCUGUAAAUAUGAGCCGCGUCCUCAGCGCAGCCCGGCCGGCCUUUAUCCUGAGGACACAGCUUCUGUUUCCCUGUACGGACAGUUCCAUCACCUUUAAAUCGUUAAUGACUUGCUGUAUGUAAAAUAUUGUGUAUUAAUAAAACAUCGAUGCUUUUACUGACGACGAAGGCGACGACCCGAGGCGAGUGCGGCUGCACACGCAAACGAGCUUUGUUUUCUUCUUUGUAUAUUUGGUAAUCGUUUUGUCACAUAUGUACAUAAACUGAAGGUUAGGACAGACAGGCAUGUACGAGGAGUAAAGGAUUAAAAAAUAAUCAAGUUCAGCUUAGGCAACCCUCUCGCUCACCUUUUCUGCUCAGUUAUCGAUUAAACGAAUGUUGAUUUUGUUUUGGCACUUGCACCAAUACCAUACCAUCAUUAUUUGCUUUUUUUUAGACUUGAGCAUCAAAGUUUGAUGUAUUCGUUUGAUAUUAAUAUCACAUGUAAGAAUUAUGUUGUACGACCACAGUAAGCAAUAGCAUACGUUUGUAGCCGGGGGAAAUAGAAAUCAUGCAGCUUUUGAGAACAACUUGGUUUGUACGAGUAUUAAGAUAUUAAGCGUAUAUACUUAAAUACGAAGCAGUUCCUCACACAACCUCUUAAAAGAAUAAAAUUAUUUUUGAAUCUACAAUAUGAUACUAAAAUGUAAUGGAUUCUUCUUGCAAACGUGUAAAUAAUAACAGUAAAAAAAUAAGUUACGCAGUUUAAUUUUGCUUUGUUAACCGUCAGCAUGAACAGGACCGAGACUGAGGUUCAGUUGUUCAUAAACACGACUGUCCAUGAUUGGAAUACUGGGUAGAACUUUUAUUUAAUUUGUACAUUUUUUCUUUUUUUUUGUUAUUUAAAUUAUUGCACAAUAUUUAUAAUUUAUUUGCUUUAUUGUCAUUAAAGAGGAGAGAGGUUAACGCUAAGUAAACAAAGUGAAAUGUAUUUGAAUCUUAUUUACACACUUUGCCCCUCACAUCUACUGUUUUAUGCAUCUGCAGUAACCAGAACGAAGCAGAAACUCACAGACUUCACUUCAAACCAUAUGAGGAUCAAUAAAUGUAAAAUACAAUUGUUUCCUUUUUGUCGUAUUUACAAUAAAAUCAACCAAAACAUU